CGCGCGGAAUACGAGUGACAUAAACGCGUUCCGAGGAAAAUGACUUCGAGUGCGCGUUGAGCUGCUGAGCGGGUUGAGCUGGAAGUUGUUUUUAUGAGAAAACAGUAAACAGAUGAAGUAAGAAGGGAGAAAGUGUGAGGUUAAAUCUGGAUUUCUGUUGAGCAUCGCGAAAAACCGUUGGUGGCUAACAGGCUAGCUUAGUCAGGACGGAUGAAGUCAUCGGGUCUCGCGCGAGCACGAGCUAACCCGCUUCACUGGCUAAAUGUUUUAUUUGGUAAUGUUUUCAUCUAAAGCAGCGUUUUUAUACAAGCUUACUUGCUUAAGUUAACAGUUUGGACAACUUGGCAAGCUGCCUGAUUAAAUUGCUCUUUAAUAGUGUCUAUUUUGUGUUCCAAACUGCGUAUUAAAUAGUAAAUAGUGGAAUGAAUACACACGCAGAGCGGUUGCUACGUUAAGCCUGUGUAACACGCAUGUGCAGGUGUUUGUUUGGGUUCAGCCUCAUUAUCCCGUUGUAACUACAUUUCCUGAUGUUAUUAUGGCAGACUGAAGAGACUUACUGGGCUUAAAGUGCAGUUUCCGAUCCAAACAUACUUCAUUCUUCAUAAUUCAUCAGCUGGUGGCGUUUUUACUCUCAACGAGAACUGCGAAGCUUAUGGAUGUUGGCACCAUCUGAUCAGAUCAGGAGCUAUUUGAAGAAAACAAACCAGCCCCAACCAACCAUAAUAGUCAUGAUCUUCUGAUCUUCUCUACCAUCCGUCUUCUCCCGGUGCACUAACAUGAAGAGGACGGAGAACAAACAGAAAAGAAAACUGUCCGGCUCUCAGCAACAGACGAAUGAAUCCGAAGGACAAGAUGGGAAGGAGGCAGUAGUGCACCCACCGCUGCUCUUUCGGAAGCUGAGCAACCCUGACCUGUCCACUGCUGCAGGAAAGACCAAACUGCAGCGCCAGCUCAGUCAGGAUGACGGCCGAGGCCGACGCAGCAGCAUGGCAACUGGGAAGCAGCUCCUGCCGUUGUCCAGCAGCAUGCACAGUGGCGUGAGUCAGCUGGCCUGGCAGCAGCAGACGGGAGAAGCCAACAACCUCAUCCGCAUGAGGAACCAGACACUGGGCCAGUCCGCUCCUUCUUUAACUGCAGGACUGAAGGAGCUGAGCCUUCCGCGAAGAGGGAGUUUUUGCCGCACAAGCAACAGGAAGAGCCUGAUAGUGACAUCCAACACGUCUCCCACCCUUCCCAGACCUCACUCACCACUACACGGACACACCGGAAGCAGCCCCCUGGACAGCCCGCGCAAUUUUUCACCCAAUGCCGCUGCCCACUUCUCCUUUGUGCCCACUCGCAGGACGGAUGGCCGACGCUGGUCUCUGGCUUCACUGCCCUCUUCAGGAUAUGGAACGAACACUCCAAGCUCGACAGUGUCGUCAUCAUGUUCAUCCCAGGAGAAGCUGCACCAGCUGCCCUUCCAGCCCACCGCCGACGAGCUGCACUUCCUCACCAAGCACUUCAGCUCGGAGAGCAUCACCGACGAGGAGGGCAGGAGGUCGCCGGCCAUGCGUCCGCGCUCCCGCAGCCUCAGUCCUGGCCGCUCUCCCAUAUCCUUUGAUCAUGAGAUUGUGAUGAUGAACCAUGUUUACAAAGAGCGUUUUCCAAAGGCCACGGCUCAGAUGGAGGAGCGUCUGGCCGACUUUCUGUCCUCCUCAGCUCCAGAUAAAGUCAUGCCUCUGGCCGACGGAGUCCUGAGCUUCAUCCACCACCAGGUGAUCGAGCUGUCGCGGGACUGUCUGCAGAAGUCACGCGAGGGUCUCAUAACCUCCCGCUACUUCUGCGAGCUGCAGGACAAACUGGAGAAACUGCUGCAGGACGCUCAUGAGCGCUCGGAGAGUGUGGAGGUGACCUUCGUCACCCAGCUCGUUAGGAAGCUAAUGAUCAUCAUUGCUCGGCCAGCCCGGCUGCUGGAGUGUUUGGAAUUUGAUCCAGAGGAGUUCUAUCACCUGCUGGAAGCUGCAGAGGGCCAUGCUAAGGAAGGCCAAGGAAUCAAAUCCGACAUUCCUCGCUACAUCAUCAGCCAGCUGGGUCUUACUAGGGACCCACUGGAAGAAAUGGCCCAGCUGAGCAGCUAUGACAGUGGACACCCAGAGACGCCCGAGACGGAGGACUCCACAGACAGUUGUGGUGCUGCAGUACAGCCACCUCAGCCUCCACAUCCCAAGACCAAAACCCCAAGAGAAGAGGACUUUGAAACCAUCAAACUCAUCAGUAACGGAGCUUAUGGUGCUGUGUUUUUGGUGAGGCACAAGGAGACACGUCAGCGAUUCGCUAUGAAAAAGAUCAACAAGCAGAAUCUAAUCCUAAGAAACCAAAUCCAGCAGGCGUUUGUGGAGAGGGACAUUCUAACCUUUGCAGAAAACCCCUUUGUUGUCAGCAUGUUUUGCUCCUUCGAGACACGCAGGCAUCUCUGUAUGGUCAUGGAGUACGUAGAAGGUGGGGAUUGCGCCACUCUACUCAAGCACAUCGGCGCUCUGUCGUUGGACAUGGCACGCAUGUACUUUGCAGAGACUGUACUGGCACUGGAAUACCUGCAUAACUACGGCAUCGUGCAUCGGGACCUCAAACCUGACAAUCUUCUCAUUACAUCAAUGGGACACGUCAAACUGACCGACUUUGGUCUGUCCAAGAUCGGUCUGAUGAGUCUUACCACUAACCUGUAUGAAGGUCACAUUGAGAAAGACACCCGUGAGUUCCUUGAUAAGCAGGUGUGUGGUACUCCUGAAUACAUUGCUCCAGAGGUGAUCCUCAGGCAAGGGUAUGGGAAACCUGUGGACUGGUGGGCCAUGGGUGUUAUACUCUAUGAGUUUUUGGUGGGAUGUGCCCCGUUCUUCGGAGACACUCCUGAGGAACUGUUCGGACAAGUAAUCAGCGAUGAGAUUGUGUGGCCUGAGGGAGACGACGUGCUACCUGUAGAAGCUGAAGACCUCAUUUCCAAGCUGCUUCGACAAAACCCAUUGGAGCGACUGGGAACAGGAAGUGCGCUGGAGGUGAAGCAGCACAGAUUCUUCACUGAUCUAGAUUGGAACAGCCUGCUGAGGCAGAAAGCCGAGUUUAUUCCCCAGCUUGAGUCUGAGGAUGACACCAGCUACUUUGACACCCGCUCAGACAGGUAUCACCAUUUAGACUCUGAGGACGAGUACGACACAAAUGAUGACGAGCAUGUGGAGAUGCGCCAGUUUUCUUCCUGUUCUCCUCGCUUCAAUAAGGUGUACAGCAGUAUGGAGCGUCUCUCCCUGCACGAGGAGAAGCGCACUCCUCCCCCCACCAAGCGCAGCCUCAGUGAGGAGGGUGCCGAGCGCUUAAGCAGUAUCAGCAGUCUCAAAUCUCGGGACCGCAGCUGGUUGGUGGGAUCACCUGAAAUUCUGCGUAAACGUCUGUCCGUGUCCGAGUCCUCACACACCGAGAGCGAUUCCAGCCCUCCUCUCACGGUGCGGCGCCGCUGCUGCUCUGCCAUUAUCGAGAUGCCUCGAUUCGCCAUCUCCAGCGAGGAGGAGAGUUCCAGGAAGACACCCAUCAGGGCUCAUCGCAGUGAAGAGCUUCCCUCUUCCAUCCCAGAACUCCCAGUUGAGAGGGAGCUCAGACUGGACGAGUCUCCCACCACACCCGGUUCCACCUCUAGUCAAGCCACCCGCGCCACCCUGACACCUGGAAGUGGUGGUGAUGUGAGGGAUCGAGGCUCUCCACGCUGCAGCACCGCUGAGGAAGCAGAGAACUCCACUCCUAAAGCCAUCAGUGAUCUAGCAGCUCGCCGAGCUCGCCACAGACUGCUGUCAGGGGACACGGAGAAGCACACGUCUAGACCACUAAACAAAGUCAUCAAAUCAGCCUCAGCCACCACACUGUCGCUCAUGAUCCCAUCUGAUCACUACGGAGCAUCUCCUCUGGCCAGCCCCAUGUCUCCUCACUCCCUGUCGUCCAACCCGUCAUCUCGGGACUCGUCUCCCAGCAGGGAUCUGUCUCCCGCCGUCUGCAGCGUCAAACCUGCCAUCGUUAUCCACCGAGCCGGCAAGAAGUACGGCUUCACUCUGCGUGCCAUCCGCGUCUACAUGGGAGACACUGACAUCUACACUGUACACCACAUGGUCUGGCACGUGGAGGACGGCGGACCAGCUCAUGAAGCAGGUCUGAGGGAGGGUGAUCUCAUCACGUAUGUUAAUGGAGAGCCGGUGAAUGGGCUGGUCCACACUGAGGUUGUGGCGCUCAUUCUUAAGAGUGGAAAUAAGGUGUCCAUCUCCGCCACCCCUUUUGAGAACACCUCCAUUAAAGUGGGUCCUGCUCGGAAAAGCAGCCACAAGUCCAAGAUGGCCCGGCGCAACAAAAAGACCAAGACCAAAGAGGGACAGGACAGUAAGAAGAGGAACUCCCUUUUUCGGAAGAUCACCAAGCAGGCGUCUCUCCUGCACACCAGUCGCAGUCUGUCGUCUCUGAACCGCUCCGUAUCGUCGGGCGAGAGCGUGCCCGGCUCUCCUACACACAUGUCCCCUCGCUCACCGACGCAGGGCUACCGCUCCACGACAGACUCCGCCCACUCUGUUGGAGGAAAUUCAUCUCAGAGCAGCUCUCCCAGCUCCAGCGUGCCAAACUCUCCGGCCAGCUCCGGCCAGAUCCGGCCCAGCUCCCUGCAUGGCCUGGCACCAAAGCUGCAGCGCCAGUACCGCUCCCCUCGGCGCAAGUCUGCCGGCAACAUUCCCCUGUCCCCGCUGGCCCGCACUCCCUCGCCGACACCUCAGAGUACCUCCCCCCAGCGCUCGCCGUCCCCGCUAACCAGCCACGCGCUCCUCAGCUCGACCAUAGGACAGUCCUUUCCUGUCAAACUGCACUCUUCUCCUCCUCUAGUGCGACAGAUCGCUCGCCCGAAAAGCGCCGACCCGCCGCGCUCCCCUCUUCUCAAACGUGUGCAGUCAGCUGAGAAGCUUGCGGCCUCUCUGUCCUCGUCCUCCUCGUCUCCCUCUCCUUCCGGCGCCGCCGAUAAGAAGCUUUCGGUCGGCGCCGGGCGCAAGCACAGCCUUGAAAUAUCGCACUCGGACUUCAAAAAGGAGAUUCUCCACCGGGAGCCGAGUCUGCAGAGCCUGCAGGAGGUCGCGAGCGAGACUAUUUUGGGAGGGAGGGUGUCUCCAGCGGAGAAGGGCACUCUGAUAAAACCUUCAGCCCGCAAGCUGGGCCGGCAGGAAGGCUCAGAUUCCGCCGCCGGCUCUUUAGGACUGGCUUCUGGCAAGAGCAAGCUGAAAGACAAGCUGUCCGCCAUCCGGCAGGACCGUGCCGAGCGCAGAGAGUCUCUGCAGAAGCAAGACGCCAUACACGAAGUCGAUUCCUCGGAAGACGAGACGGACGAGGGUUCAGAGGACAGCCAGGAUGGACGCCGGACGAGUUUCAUUCCUCCUAGCCAUGUGCUUCGACCCACAACUGUGAUGGGAUCACCAAGUACUCCCAGUACAAUCAGAUCAGGGCCUGCUGCUUUGACCACCGUAUCUCAAACUUCGACUGCGGUCAUUCAGCCAAGCUCUCCUCAGCUGAGCAGAGGCCAACAGGCUCAAAAUCAGACACAGACUGAACCUUUAAAGCCGGAAGCCAAAGCCUGUGAGCCGAAACCCAGUCUGAUCCCAGCGUCUGCUCCCUUUGUUGCCACUACCUCAGCACUACCGAAAGAUUCCAUUCCAAAAGGGGGGAAGCUUCAGGAAUCAGUGCCCAGCAGUAAAUCUCAGCCCAGCACUUUCUCUACUCCUGGCAGUGCGUUUACGACCGUAAGCAAGGACCCUUUUCUUAAACCUGCAACCCCUCCGCUAAACAGAAAAAACACCAAAGCAAGUGGGAAGCUAGAGCUCAACACGGUUUCAAAAGUGACCCGGGAGUCCCCUGUCAGUACUCCGUCAGGUGGGGGCAUCACCAAGGAGAUGAAGGAGGCGGACAACCGAAGACAAGCAGCUGCUGCAGCCGCCGCCGCGUCCUCCUCGUCCUCCCCAUCUACUGAAAGUGGAGUGGAUAAAGUGGUUUCCCAGCUGACCACUGUGGCCAAGAGUGUGCUUGGGCCAGUAAAGCUCAACAUCCCAGUCACCAAAGACACCCACGAGAGGAGCAAAGAUGCAAAGCCCCAGACGUCGUCCGUCGCUUCCGCCUCCCAAUCCCUCACACCCACCCCCAGACAACAACCUGCCAAAUCUGAGCCAGCCUCGAGUUCUCAAAGACCUCCAGACGUUCAAGGUGCUUCAAAGAGGCCUUCUCUCCCGAAAGACUGCUCGUCAGCGCCGGGAGAGCCCCAGAGCCCCAGGCCGGGGCGCAACAGCACCCUCCAGAGGCCCAGCCCCGAAGCACAGGCCAAACCCAGCUCCUCUACACAAGAUAAAUCUAGCAAGAAAACAUAGCACGCAACCCUGCACCAAGAACACGCUUUUUUCAUGCAUGCAUGGUAGGAAAGACAGAUGCUCCACGUGUACUAACUAUGAGAGGAGAAUCAAGCAAGGAGGUCCGGCCGCUUCAUUCAGAAAAGAUAUAAACCGUGGGAUUCAUACAUAACGAGGACUGUAUUGCUUUUAUUUUGCCCUCAAAUAACUUGUUUUAUUACGUUUAUAUUAUUUUUUCAUCAGGCAAAAUGGGGCUAGAAAUAAACAAAGGCAAACGUUUUGUUGCGUUCAGUACGUGUUCACUUACAGAAUAGGGUUUAUGUUUAUUAUCCGGUAUAAGAUAUAGUGGUGCCUUAAUACACUCUUAAACGUCUGAACUGUACGUCCCUCUGACUUUUACUUACAGGGCUGUGGGUUAUGAUCUGUAUUUCAGCAAUAACAUUAGCGUAUACUUAGCAAUUUGUAUAAACACUUCACAUUAAUGUUGUUACCACUCAUCCUACAGGAAUUGGCUGAAAACCGAUCUACAUAUUUCAUCCAUCGUUAUUAUAUCCACAACGAUUUAGGAUCUGAGCUUCAACAGUCUUAGCUUCCCUAAAAGAUUAUAAAAUAUGUGUUCUAAACCUGUGCUAUUUAAUACGCAGCCUUUGGGCUAGAUUCAGUCCUUUAGUUUUGUCUGGCUCUUUGUUUUGCUCCUAAAGCUGCACUGGUCAAUAAAUAGGGAUUCUUACUAUUGCAAAUAAGAUAAAAAAUGGAAAGUACAAUAGAACAAAAUCAAAACAAUGGAAUCAAAGCAAGUGGAUCAUUGGAUUGGGGAAAAAAACGCCAGGCUGCCUUGGUUUAACGCCUGCAAGAGGCUUUUACCACUUGCAGAUAAAAACAUGUGAAAAGAUUAACAUUUAAUAAUAGUGUAGUUAUGAGAAAGCCAAACUUUGUUCCUGUGGUUUAUCUUAUAACCAAAAUGUCACUUUAUGCAGCCUUAAAAGCAAAUUUAAAUAAAUAAUUAAGUAAAUAAAAUCGAUGUAUUUAAUUUGUUUGGACAAAUUAACCAGUUAAACCAAUUUGUCCUGCACCCCAAUGUUCACAGCUAAUUUGAAUUUAAGUGCAUUUAUUUCCACAGUUACCAAAAAAAUAACGUACUGCUUCCAAAAUGAAAAAUGCCAAUCGAUCAAGAGGGUAUAAAGACUAUAAAGCUGCUAUUUUUAUGGUCAGUAAGUACAUGGAGGUGACAGUAUAGGUGGCAGGAACGUUUGACCAUUCAUCUUACCUGUGGAAUAAUCGUGCCGCUGGGCGUGUGUACUCACAGUCAGUAAAUCACCGACAUCGGUUAGUCUUGUGUUUUGCAAUCCGGCCCAAACUCUAAACUAUUUAAACACUGGCUUUCUAUGGAAUAAAAAAGGCACGUCGGUUUCACAUCUUGUACACUGUUUUAGUUUGAGUCUAACAUCAGUAGUUAUGUGCUCUUUGUACAUGAGUGUAUUUUAAAACUGAUAGCAGAAAAUGCUUUGCAAUGCUGGAGCUUUAAAGAACUAAUUGCACACAUUUUCCUUCAAUCAGUUUAUUUUAAAAAAACGCCAGUAAUAAAUGUACUCGUGACAUUACUGUGUGUUUAUUAAGCAGGCUCAGAACUUGCCUCCCAGGAAUCGAUGUUGCAGCAUAACUAGAGAUGCAUGACUGAUUAGUUAAAUGACAGACCUGGGGAGUAUAAGUUCAUCCUUUGCUUGAUACACAUACAGAGACAUUAUUGGUCUUUGUUUCCUCAAAAGAACACAUACAAUUAUUUUCUCAAGCUCUGGAAUUACAAAGUGUUUUCCUGCUAUUCAUGUUAAUCACAUAUAAUCAUUCUUCAGCUUUAUUACCUGUGCAUAAUGUUUUGGCACUGAAUUACUAAAAGAACAGAAUGCUCCCCAAUUUGGAACAGUUUUUAUCGUUUUUAUUUCUAGCCCCGGCUCUGUUUUAUUGUUAUCAAAACCACUGAAAUGUCCUUUAUUUUAAUACCAGGACCAACGUGCUGUGUUCUCUGUGUAUAUUUGCCACUAACCUUUUAAGGCCAGCGAGCUUGUACAUGCUUGUUAAUGACUGAGUGUGUGUGUGUGUGUGCGUGUGUGUGCGCUUCUCUGAAUGAAUAUUUAAACCUGUGUCGGUUUUAUACCCAGCGGUAUUGGGAAGUGUGUUUUAGAUUAGAUUGUAAAUUUGCUCUGUCGGCUGUGUCUGAUUCAGACAUUUUUUCGAAGAGCAGGCGAAGAUGUAUUUGCACAAUCCAUUUUUAUUUUGUAUCACAUGAUGAUGAAAACUAAUAAAAGACGCUCCGAUCGGAUCCCAGAUGGUUUUUGGGGUCUUGAAGGGGUUUUAUCAAUCACUCGACCCCUUACCUGUCAUAUUGUGUUGCUGCUGCACAUCGAUGUGUUCACUUUUUUUUUAUAUUGAGUGAAUAAGAUGCCUUGGGAAGCCGUGGUGUUGUCUGUAAUGACCUUUACGGAUAGAAUAAUUUCAUUAAACGUUUUAUCAACAACCUUUUAAGAACUCCUAGAUGGACCUAAUCUAACAGUGUAGACCAAAUCAGUCCUGACAAUUUGCUCCUGUUUCAGAUUUUGUCCAGUCAGUUCAAGUUUCUAUAUGGUGUGGUUUCUUCCUAGUGAGUAGGAGGCGGUAGGAGUCAUGUGCUGGUAUGUAUGUACAGUUAUGAGCUGCCAUUCUGAAAUGUUCUGUGUGUAUAAAAUCAGUAACUGUUUUUAACAUGAUAGCAUUUGUCAGUUGUAGGGAAAGCUGUUGAUAGCUGAUCGAGCCUGAAGCUUAAUUCCUGUCAGAACUCUGUAGCACCAGGUGAGCAGUGAGAAUUUUCAGUAUUUUAGCCGAAAUAUCACGUUUUUUUCAUCAUGCUUUCAGAGAUGCCUAUGUAUAUGUACAUUUCCUGUAUGUAUAGCUAGAUUUGAAUAGGUGGAAAAUGCAGUGGCUGACUCUUUCGUACAGGACUGAAAGCUACAAGAUUCUCUCCACUUUAACUGUUGAGUAGAAGCUCAGUUGAACUACUCUCCACCCAGCGACCCACAAUCAUUGUGCUAAAAUUCACCUCCUUUCGAACUGCAGCUCAUUUAUAGUUAUUGGGCGAAUUGGAGAGGGAUAUACUACCUGCCCCUCAUUAUUCAUUUGUGUUCUUUUUUAUAUGUUUUCUUUAUGCAUUUCCCCCCUUUUUCUCCCCUUUUUAGCUCGUCCAAUUGCCCGAUUGCGUCAUGUCUCCUCUCCACCAAUGCCGAUCCCCGCUCUGAUUGAGGAGAACGAAGCUAACCCACGCCCCCUCCGACACGUGGUGCAGCUCAGCGUUGUGUACGGAGAGACAAACCCUGAGAGCACUUACUUCUCAUCUCAUAAUGUGCAGACGCCAUUAAUCAGCCAGCAGUGGUCGUAAUUGCACCAGUCAUGAGAGAGAGACCUCAUCCGGCUUAGUCCCGCCCAUAUCUGAACAACAGGCCAAUCGUCGUUCAUGUGGCCGCUCAUCCUUAGCCGGCAGGCAGAGCUGAGACUCGAUACGAUGUAUUCGAGAUCCCAGCUCUGGUUCCAGCGUGUGUUUUUACCGCUGCGCCACCUGAGCGGCCCUUCAUUUGUGUUCUUAAAUGCCACUUUGGCUACCCAGAGAGCACCAGACUCCUGAAGAGUGGUGUGUGUUGAUGUGGCCAGGGUUUGAACUUGCAUAUAAGUGUAGUAGAACUUUAUUAAGGUACAUACCUGGACCACCGUGUAGCUUUGAAAGGAAUUUGUGCAUUGUGGACCAAAGAUAAAUCUGUUCUGUACCCUGGACCGAGGUAUAGUACCGGCGAAUGCACCCUCGCUGGUCAGUUUGAUAUAGAUUGUUGUAUAUUUGAUGUGUGGAAACUAGAUAAUCAAAGUUCAGUGUUGAUUUAUUCGUUCAGUUUUAAACCUAAAUAAAACCUUUUAUCCUGGUCAGGGUUGCAUUGGGUUUGGUGAAAAGCAACGCAGAAUGUAACAUAAACAUAUUAUUUUACCCAUUUACAACUAAGAGGCAUUUUACAGCAGACAAUCCCCUGUUUGUUUGAGGUGAAAGGAAACCAGAGGACUGGAGAAAGCCCAAGCCCAGUAAUGAUUAGCUGUGUAUGAGGGUUUAAGCACUGGAAUGAUCAAGACUUGGAUUGUGAAGCCCUGUAAUUAGGUGCAAACUGUGGUAUCAGCGCUCAUUUUCAGACAUUGUUACUUACAUAUUAAUGUUUGAGAUAUACGUUCUUAUUGUAUAUCACAUACAAACCAACUGCUGUCAUGUGACUCUUCACUCGCUGGAUGCUUUUUCCCCAAUUGUUGAGAUUUCUCGUAAUGUCGCCACAAAAUCAAACUACUAAACUAAACUACGCACAAGUCCUUCACACGUCACGUUGUUUGGUGUUUUGGUCGUAAUGGUCCAAAUAUAACCACUGACUCACACUGUUUUGCCUAUAAAGAGCUGUCGCACUACCAUAAACGAUGAGAAACUGGACAGUAUAGGUGCUCCGUUGAUGUACGCCACUUUCCCGAGGAAUGUCGGACCCGUCAUGCGUUUUCUGUGUUUCUGUUUUGUCUGAAGAAGACGGGGCUCGUGCAGUAAUGACUAUACAGAGACGGGAUUUAAAAAAUAGAAAACAUGACAUAGUUAAACUAGUGCAAUAUCUUUUUAUUGUGGUAAGACGCAUGUUUGUUGUCAGUACUCCUCUAUGAACAAUAAAGAUUUUUUAAGAAAA